CCCGGGGAAGGGAGGGAAGAAGGGGAGGAAGGAAGGCAGAAACCGGCCGCCCCGUCGCUCUGAGCGGGGGCGCGGCGGGGACCUGCCUGUCUCCCCCCCUCCUCCGCCAUCCCUGGGGGAGCUGCUGGUCGGCUGCAGAAGGCUUGUGCAGGAAAAGUUGGAUGAAUGAUGAAUCACUUCAUGGUUCUGGCACUACUGCUCCCCCUGAGAACUUGCUACACUACAUACUCACAGCAAGAAUCUGUUGUGUUUCCAGUAAUGUACCUCAAUGUUUCCAAGGAUUUGGCUCUUCAGCGGUUGCUGGUGGAAUGGGAUGUUGGCAAGUCAGCGCAUGAUGCUGAGCUGGCAAUGUCUUUUGAAAUACAAGUCCGUCAAACAGAUGAAACUGCUACUGUGUGGACAGAGUUUCAUAACGUCACACUUGAUAAAUCAGGAAAGCCUCUUCAUUGGACAUGGGAUUCAGACUUACCUUUGGAGUGUGUGUCACACUCGGUGAGAAUCAGGAGCAAAGCAGAAGCAUCAAAAAUCUGGAGUCCGUGGAGUCUAUGGGAGACUGUCCUGGGACUGGACACUUCAAGUAACAGUGGACCACAAAUCUUUCCAAAUGAAAAAAUUAUAGAGGAAGGCUCUGACCUCACUCUCUGCUGCAUUGGAAGGAAAGGUCAAAUCAUUCAGGAAUUCUUCAUAGACCUAGAUGGUCGUGUUUUCAAUCACACAAGCAGUCAAGACAGACUUCUCACUCUGAAAAACGUGACACAUGAAGUGCGUCACAUCACUGCCUACUGUCGAGAGUCCUGCAAUGAAAAGCAAUGCUCCGAUCAAUCAGUUUUCAUUGUGGGUAAACCACCUGAUACACCUCAUGAUUUUUCCUGCCAAACUCAAGACAAGAGAAGGGUAACAUGUACUUGGAGCCAAGGAGGAGACACCUAUCUUUAUGGAAGUCACUCACCAAAAUACACCGUUUCUGAAGAGUUUUCCCAAAAAAUUGUUCCGUGCACAGUAAGUUGUUCUGAGCGGUGCUCGUGUUCUUGGGAUAUAGGCCAGCAGACGAUCUACAAUAUCACGGUGGCUGUGGAAAACCCACUGGGAAGGAAAACUGCUACGGAUGUUUUUGAUGUAACUCACAGAAUUUAUCCCGCUGCACCUUUCCAGCUGUGGGAAAAAUGCACAGAUACAGAAAUCAAUUUGUAUUGGAAGCAUCAAAACAAAGAAAUUGAACUGUUUUGUCAGACUGAAGUGCUCCACCCCGAUGGGAAAGUACAACUGCACAAUAGUUCAGAAACACGGCAGAAUUAUGCCAGCAUCACGCUGGGUGGACUGCGGCCCUACACCGAGUACACAGCCAGAGUACGCUGUGGGGCUGCUGAGCAUUUCUGGAGGUGGAGUGAAUGGAGCGAAGCCCGAACCAUCAGAACAAUGGAAUCCGCUCCAUCAGGGGAACUGGACAUCUGGAGAGAAAUUACACCAGUUCUGGGCGGGCGGAAUGUGACCUUGUUCUGGAAGCAAACACCAAGUUUUCGAGCAAAUGGAAGAAAUAUUUCAUACGAAGUAACCUGGGAAAAAGUAGAAGAUGGCUCUGAGCCUGAAAGCAUCUCCUUUUCAUCAGUCUACAACAGCACAAGGAUUUCCAUUGAUAACCAUUCCUACAGAAUCAGUAUCAUGGCAAAGAACAAUGUUAAUUAUUCACUUCCUUCAGUAUUGAUCAUCCCUAGAGCUACAGACACCGAAGAGCUUAAAGAAGAACAAGUUAGUGGUACAGAUGAUGGCAUUUUUAUUUCUUGGGAGCCCAGACAAAUAUACAACAGCUACAUCAUUGAUUGGUGUAACUUUCCAAUGUUACAGCCUUGUGAUUUGCAGUGGAAGAGAUUUGGGCCCAACACUUCCAGUGCUCUGAUCAACUCAGGUGCUUUCGUUCCGGGGGUGAGAUACAACUUCCACAUCUACGGGUCUGUUGCCAAUAGAGCUUCCUUAUUGGAGAAGAAGACUGGUUAUCUCAAGGAGCUACCUCCUCUGCAUGACCCUACAGUGAGAAAAGUUGAACUGAGUCCCAAUGCAGUAACACUGUUUUGGGAUUAUAAUCUCACAAAUGAGUCAGGUUUUGUAAGAGGCUACCAUGUUUAUGUGUCGCCUGUACAAGGGGACUGCAGUUUGAAAGGAUCCGAAAAAUACACUGUUCCAGAUUAUUCAGUGUUAUGUAAAUACACAAUUGAAAACCCAGAAGAAAAGACGUACACCGUGAAACACCUCUUGCCCAACACAAAAUACAAACUAGUGGUUAAAGCCUAUACAGGUGGAGGAGAGACUCCCAUUGUUAACUUUAGAUACAUAGACACACCAUUUAACUCAAACAUGCUGUACCUUGUAUUCCUGCUAGUGAUAGUUCCAUCACUGGUAGCAGCUCUAUGCCGCUGGAAGAUGAAGUGGGUGAAGGAGUGCUGCUGUCCUGUAAUACCUAGUCCUAGCAAGAGCAAAGCACUGUCAUUCAAAGAGUUUAAGAUCGGUUCUGAGAAGGUAUUGAAAAUAAGUGACUGCAUUCCUGAUGCGCUGGCAGUGGACAAUAAGGCUGAAGCCCAGAACUUCCACCCAUGGAGCCAGUUGUCUUCAACGUCAACAGCAGAUCAGAGCGAUGAUGACAAUUCUUCCUGGAUUUACCCCACCGACCACGAAGAGAGAGACCCUGCACCCACACCGACACCUCAGACUCACACUUGGUUUGAAAAUUUUGCUUAUUCUUCUCAUCUUGCAGUUGAAUCCAAUGUCUGUCAAACACCAGAGACACGAGCAGGAAGCAAACCGGACCCAUCAGUGGUGCUGUACCAGCCACAAUACUACUUUGAUAUUUUAAAUGGAGGUGCUGGCUCAAGCCCCAGAGACACAGCUGGCAGAAAGACCAGUCUGAGGUACGUUUCACAGACAGCUGUGCACUGCCUGGGGAGGAGGCUUUGAUCUGCUCCCCUCCAUGGAGGCCAUCUGGGCUUUGGUUACACAACAACACAAGUAAGAAUUUCUAAAACCACAACAAAUUCUCCUUUUGAUGAAGGCUUUCACAAACCCAACUGCCCUACUUCUGGUAGGGCUUCUGCAAAGCUCUUGCUCCAGGACUAGUUUAAACACACUGAUUUGUGCACAGCAGUGAUGUGCACUGUGGUUUCGUCACAGGUUACAGGCACCACGUUAGACUUACAGGCUGUUAUGUGGCCCUUUAAAAUCCCAAACGAAAUCCUCUUAACUAAACAAAGAAAUGAGGGGAGCUAAGUGGGAAGGAGCUGUUUUUCCAGCAGGACAGGUGUUUGCAGAGGUGUUGCCAUGGCGCUGCCUCUCUACUUGUGCACAGCCAACCCCUGCACUUACAGCAAGCCCCAAACAACAGGUGAGCAGACACGUUUGUGAUGAAUAUAAUGUUUCAGCUGCACAUUGUAUAGGUCUUCCAACACCAUAUUUGAAUGUAUUUAAAAAAAAAAAAAACACCAACAAACUAUUGUUUUUUGCAUCCUUACAGUAGGCAGGCAUGAAUCUGAUCUUCCAUUUUGAUUUUAAAAAAUUUUGGUACAUUGGUAAUGAAGCAGAAUAGUUGGAAUUAUAUCCUUAGUGCCCAGGGAACCCUUUAGUUUUGCCCAAUGGUGAUGCUGUCUGGAAUCCUUAGGAAAUAAAAGAAUUUGACUUAAGAGCACAGAAUAAGCUGUGCUCAAAAGGGAAAGAAAACGUUUUUUACAAUUUGAUCUUCAGCUCAUUUGUUAAAAGGCAGCUACUUGUCUUCCCUAUGCCUAGCUACCCCGUCACCCUUCAUAAAAACCAAGCAGCUGCAGCCAGGGCUUUGAUACUGAACCACAUCCAGGUUUUAUGCUGUUGCUUCAAGAUCUUGCAACAGGAAGACCAAGGAGACCGUAAGUAGCUGGAACAAGCUUGGCUGGAACAAGCACUGACUGCCAACAGGGAGGAGCUUUUGGGGCAGGGAUGGUGAGGUGGUCACCAGGGCUCGGGGCUCAGCACAGAAGGCGCUGUGCCCACACACAGCUUGUGCACAGAUUCACCUGAGAAGUAGAAAAACAAGUACGGUGUGGUCCUUGCUUCCGGCCUUCAGACAGCGGGGCAAGGACACGGGGCUGGUCAUACCCAGCUGAACUGCAGUUGGGCAGAGAAGAUGGAAGGGAGGAGGCUGUUACUGGAUGGAGACAUCGCAGAGAAACUUCAGGCUCCCUUUGUGUUACCCUCCUUGGAGUUACUGUGAAUUUCAAAAGUUUGAUAGCACAGCAUCUUUACAACUUAGCUCAUUUCCUUCUCUAAAGUGUUUCAUCACAGCGUAUGUACUUGUGCAGUUUUGCUGGGAAAAAAGAAACUAAGCAGAAGGGAGCUCUUUUGCCACUACCAAAAUACAACUUCCUACCAGUGCAUUUCGAAAAAGGACUGUUUACAAAGAUUUGGAAGGUACCCUAAGUCAAACCUAAGGAAUUAUGAUAGAGGAGUCAGCCAAAAAAGUCAGAUGACCCCACUCAACAUUUUACAUCUCAGCAGGCUGCAGUUCCUCCUGCCAGAGCCCAGCACAAAGAGAGGGCAAACUCCUGCUUUUGAGAAGGCUGCGGCCACUGGAGCUGGGCUGCAGGAGGCCAACCCCGGGGGCAGGUGGGGGUGAUAGGCCCCACUGUGUCCUUCCUGGUGGUGGGGCAGGACACCUUGGCCUGUCCCGUUCCUGGUCUCUCCUGGGAGACCCUGCACUGAGGAAGCUUCACUGUCUGGAAGCCAGGACGCUCCUAUGGCUCUUGUCCACAGACCCUUCUGCUGGCUGGGACUGGGGAGGGUGGGGGGUCAGAAAACCACCUGAGCCCAAAAGCACAGAAACAGGGGAUAAUGCCUUCGUGCCGGUUAAAGGCACAGCACAGGCAUCACAACUAGAAAUAAAGAUAAGUAUUUUUAUGUGGGUGAGGAGGCAUGUGUAAUUUUUAUAUAUUUUUUUAAGACAUCUGUCUGGUAUUAAAGUUUGAAUGAGUUCAAAACUGUAAACUUCUGUCAUUAUUGUUGUUUAUAAUUCAACUUUCACAGCUGUUGUUGAAAUCCUAACUCUUAAACCAUCACAUAAUGGAAAAACAUCAAUUCUCAGUAUCAGUACGCUACAUUUUUAAAAUAAAAAUGGUGUACAAACGA